UGCUUUCUGCUCUGACGAUUCACUGCAUAACCUUCAAUUUCUAUCAAGAGAGUCUUGUCAUUCUUAAUUUAUUUUCCAUUUAAAUAAUUUUUUACUUUUUAUUAAGAGUGUUUAUAUUGGUGACAGAUCUCAUGGUUGUGGCGGUCAAUAUGAUUAAGGAGUGGUCAUGGCGUAUGUAAACGUUGCUGAAUGGAAAACCGAUCAAGUGUGUGAAUGGUUGAAAGGUCUUGAUAAUUCAGUUCUCCCCUACGUGCACAGUUUUACAAAUAACAAAGUAAAUGGCCAACAGUUAUUGAGUCUCAGACCUGAGGAUCUGGAACAAUUGGGUGUUCUCAAAGUUGGACAUCAGGAGAUUAUUCUCGAAGCAGUUGAAUACUUGAGAAACUUUCAUUAUGAGCUUGAUCGGGAGAAUCUGCAACUGUUAGCACUACGACUUGCUUGCCAAGCUCACAGUCUACAUAAUGAGCUAUUUCGACAAACAGAUUCAAAACCAGUGGCAACACAAACAUUGUCCGAUGUCGUGGGUGUUGUUACAUCUGUUAAACCACUGGUGAGGUGGCUGGAUAAGCCGCCCUUCAGUGGACAAGCCGAGUACAAUGAUAGAAAAACUCAAUUGUUGAAGCUAAGUAUUGAGAUGGCAACAUGUGCACAAAGGGACAGAUUUGCAGAGAAACCAAUUGAAGAGAUAAGAGCAACUUGUGAUGAAUUGGCUCAAUUAGCUGAUUAUAUUAUUCGAGAUAUUUCGGAUCCUAUGAUUCUUCAGCCGGCCAGUUUAGAUUUAGCGACAUUAAAAAAACGACCUGGUGAUGAUCUGGGCUUCUACAUACUUCCUUCAUUUCAUGGAACUCAUCAAAUUGCGGAAGUCAAAUUUAGCUCGGUAGCACAUCAGUGCGCAAAAAUGGAAGAGGGGGAUGAAAUAGUUCAGGUCAACUAUCAAACGGUCGUAGGAUGGGGAAGGAAGAAUGUUCUCGAAUUAUUUAACGAGAGUCCCAUGGAAGUGUUAUUAACACUUAAACGUCGACCACGGCAUACUAAAGUUUAUGGACAGAUUUAUAUAAAACCAUACAGGUUGCCAAGCAAUAAAAAGACACCGUACGCUACAAGGUGGCAACAUAAUUUACCAUCGCCUAGGCCUGAGUUGUUAACAAUACCAGAUUUUACGAUUCCACUUCCGAGACAUGCUCCGAAGGAUCCCAGUCCAGCACCUGCAAGUACAAUCAGCACCGUUAAUAUUUUGGAUGCAAUGGCAAGCGAUAGCAGUGAUUCCGAUGGUGAGGUUGAACCACCUCUCUCAAGCCGUCUAUAUGCUUCGAAACCCAGGAUCUUAGUACAACGACGCGCCACAAUAACUGGGGCAAGUCCUACCACUAAGCAUGCAAUUGACAUAGAACAAUUUUGGAAGGAGUUGCAGCAGGAACAUAGUACAACUUUUCAAUUGAGAGAUAAGGCUGCAUCCUGCGCCCUCGGCUUAGAUAUCGUGCCUUCCGCUGUUCGCCCGCAAACCUGCUUGGGCAUUGAGCAAUCAAAGCGUAAAAAAAGACUUGAUGGAAAAAAAGAAGCAAGCGAAAUAGUAUCUAAAAAUAAGGUGAAACCGCACAAAAUGGAGUGUACUGAGAUGAUUAAUGUAUCAAAAUAUAGUGAGAAAAAAUCUAAUAUCAACACGGAAAUGGGAGAAAUGAAAGACCAUUGCCAUUCUUCCAUCUCCUCAGCCAAACAAAACAGUUCGGAUACAACUAGUAAUAUUCAUGAUAUUGAUAUAAACUACUCCCCCAACACUAGAAAAUAUUACUGCAACGACCAAGGAAAAUUGGAGAAGAGUUCUAGUGUUCCGGUAUGUAAUGUAACAGGCAUGAGGCCUACUGAAAUCAAUCCUUGUGAUAUUUCAAGUUUAUUAGAAGAUACCCAUAAAAAAACGAAUGGUGCUGCAGUUGGUAAUACUGAUACUAAUUGGAAUGAGAAAAAUUUCAAGACUGAUACAGCGUUGGAGAUGAUUGAAUCUAUUCAAGUCGGUAUUAUUUCACACAAUAUUGAUUCCAUAGAGAACAAAUUUAGGAAAGAUAUCGCGGAGCAGCACGUUAAUGGUGAGGUACUUGAUGCAAAAACUUCAUGCACGAAUCCUUCAAGUGAGAAUUUGAAGAACGACCAAGAUGAAGCAGUUGAAAUCAUAAGCUCCAAUCCCAAAGGCUCAUUAACCCCUAGUAAGAUAAUCCAAGCAGAGACUCGUAAUUGUGUGGACUACUCGUCGAAAAAAACUGAACUGAUCGGUAGUCAUCCAACGGAAAUUUAUCCUAGUAAUAGUGAAACUAGCGUUCCUCUGGUUAAAUUUAAACAGAGCAGUCUGCCUUUAACCGAGAACAAUAAAAUCUCAGAUAUUAAUACUACAGCGUACUUGAUGACUUCUAUGGAUAUUUUUGAAAAUAUGUACGUGAGAUCAGACUUGAAAGAGAAUCUGAGCCCACAAGUAACGGUGCUACCAUCGAUUAUGCUCAAACUUGAUACUAAAACAGAGAAAUAUAAGAAAGAAUCUAGAGCUUCGUCCCUUACUUGUAUAGAAUCCACCCAAUGUAGAAGAUCAGACAACAAAGUGCAUUCGACACCACCGGAGCCUCCUCUUCGCCAAGACGUUACCAAUCCACCACCUUUAAAUUUGAAUGUCAACUCCAUUUCAUCUCAACUCCCAGAGAGGCGGAGAGUUCUUUUACCUCAUUUAAAUUCAGAAAGAGAAAUGCAUGAAGUUGUAAUGCACUCAACCUCUGAGCCGGUAGUCCCGUCAAAUCAGAGAGAUACCGCAGUACGGUGUCAUGAUUUUUUAGAGAAAUCGACCGAUUUUGUAAACGCAAGCAUUAGUUCAGCACAAGAGCGAAGAUCUUUCGGCUACUCAAAAACCUACGACAACCAUACAAAAGAGAACAAGUCAGUGGCAGAGAGAUAUGAACCUUUCAUUGAUAAAUUCGGAAAUGGGAAGACGUUGAUGUUACAAAGGCAAUCACAAAAUAUUUCUCAUACUACUGAUUCGCCAGAUGGAGCCGGAUACUCGACACAAACACCAGGAUUAAAGUCGGGAACGUUGGAGAAAGACAAACAUAGUGAAAAAGGGGUUGUCAAUAGAGCGAUGAUGGUGGCGAGGAGUAUUGGACUUCAGAGUUCGUCAAAAAUGUCAUCGAAUAGUCCUCGAAGUAAUAGAAAACGGAGCAUGCUGUUAGCAAAACGACGGAACGUUUCCGUUAAAGAUAUUGGGGCCGGAGAGUUGGAAGGCUGGUUGACGUAUCGGAGCAGGGGGGCUGGAGGAGCUUGGGCGAAGUCGUGGUUCGUACUGAAAGGCUCUUCUCUUUACAGAUUUGAAACCUUCGAAAGUAUUAAGUCGGAUUGUCUAAUUGUGCUGACUGGUUUCACUGCCUCCAAAGCUCCAGAAGUGAAGUCUCGGAAAUUUGCAUUCAAAGUUUAUCAUACUGGAACAGUAUUUUACUUCGCGGCCGAUACAGAAGACUAUUUAUUGCUUUGGUUAGAUUGUAUCAAUAAAGCAACACUAGGAGUUGAUUGUCCUAAUAGAAUGAGCGGAUUAUUCAGCGAAACAGACGACAGUGACACUGAAUCUUCUAAGGAUAAAUCCAAAAAUACUGGAUCAGAAUUCAAACAAAAUCUUGAUAACGCUUUUGGAUCUUUAAAAAAAGUCGGGAAGAAGAACUCUGAAGUAAAAAAUCAUGAAAUUGGUGGCACCAGCUUGGAUAGGAAAUAUCUUCGAUUCUUACGUUCACGGACUCAAAACGUACCAGUCCCUACUGCACAAUUCAGAAGCUAUCGUAGAGUACUACCAUUAUCCACCACGAAUAAAAAAUUAGAGAGCACGUCAACUUCGCCGGAUCUGCGGGUGAUGGUCGCGGGCAGUACGUUCUAUGCAUUAACCUCCUCACAUAGUUCCACGGAUAUGCCAACUUCUGGCCAAGAUAUGGAGGAUUAUCGGCAAACAACUGACAGACGCCAAUCCAGCCACAUUAGCCGACGUCAACAUUUGCCAGAUUUCAUUACUCUUGAAGAAUUUAUGCUUUCUCAUCGGCAAAAUGCUCAUCAACAUUCAGUGGAUACUAGGUCUGCAUCAUCACGAGUUACCCCACUGACAAACGAUCAUAUCCGCCUCCAAUACUAUCAGUUUGACCCCAGUGACACAUUAUACCUGCAAAAUCGUAGCAUUAAUUCAGAUUUUUCUACCGAUGGAAUGACGUACGCUCAUCAGCGGGACAGUGAAAACUCAUCGCCUUUGUACAUAUCAGCUUACAGUUAUACCAGCUCUUCAGCUGGAACAUCAAGACUAGCCAAGGAUGAGUCCAUCUAUAAUCAGCAAUCUAAAUCCGCCAGUGCAAUAGAUGAGGCAAUAGGAACAACCAUGAAGGAAGGACUUUCUCCAAUUCUAAAGAAAUCGUGGAAUCAAGCAUGCAAAUAUGUGAAACGACCAGAAGCCGAUAUUUUUAAAUAUUCUCUGAGAUCUGUUGAUCCUCAAUUCCAGAACGGUCGUAACGAAUUCACGCGAAUUGAUUCACCUCUAUUGCGAUCUAUUAGUAAUUCUAGUUACAUGACCCAAAAUAAAACGAAAAUUGAUUCUAACAGCAAAUCAAAUCGAUUGAUAAAUACAAAUACAAUAAAAAAUGGUGAUUUCCAUCGAAAGGAUAUUCUCCGGUUCUCAGGGUCCGAAUCUAUAAAAAAUAUUGACUACCCGACUUCCAGUGGGCUCUUAACCCACUCCUCAGGAACCCUGGCCAGAGUUGGAAAAGAAACAUCCGAAAGUAGGCAGGAGAGUUUCAACACUAAUGACCAGAGUGGGGAAGAUGGAAAUAACAUGGAGUCCUUAAGACUUCCAGGUAGGAAGUUAAGUUCCCAGCAAAAAGUGAAGUUGAAGAGUUCGACGCAAUAUCAGCCUCCACCAAUUCAUUCAUCUCCAUUUGAAUAUGAUAGGAUGACAGCUGCCUUUGAAAUGCAGCUUGAUAAGGAACACGUCCAGAAGACCAAUAAAUUAAAGAAUUUUUUUGGAGGUAGGAAUCCCCAGAAGCCUAUGAGUCUAGAUCUCCCUAAAGAACAACAGAAAACACUACUGGGUUCCCCUAGGCUCCAUAGGGCAUUGUUCAAAGACAAAAGUUCCAGCCAGAAAAGAUCGGAGAGUCACAGCCCAAGAGACAGUGGUGUCACUCAGUGCUUAAGUUUCUACAGUGGAAUGAGUCGGUCUGACUCUCAUACAUUAAGUCAGUGUUUUAGUUCUGUCAGUUCUCCUAGUGGUUUGAGCAUGGAAGCUUCACCAAUGAAUUCCGACAAGUUUGUAAUGGAACAUGGCAAUAAGAAAUUGAAUUCUAGACAUCUGAUGUAUCCUCCGAUACUUCCCUAUAUACCGCCACCAAGUUCUCCACCUCCUGAUGACUAUCCCGGCUUAGAGUAUCCACCUGUGUUUGAGCCUGGGACUUACUCUUUAUCUGCUGCCUCUCUAAUGAGUGAGAAGAGUGAAGAUCUUGGCGAUAGUGAAUAAUAUUUGAUGGUCUAUUAUAUUCGCCAGAUAUGUAUAGUAAGGAUAACAAUAUCUUCACAUCAUUCGACGUGAAUUUUAAACGAGUAUACAAUUUAGCAAUAUUGUAAUUAUCGUAAGUUUCUUAUUAUUAUUGUUUAAAGUUAAUUAUUGCAAGUUUUAUCCCAAUGAUGAUGAGAAUUAAUAAUAAUUAAAAUUAGUGCUCUUAAGUUAUAGAAACGGCAGUGGGAGCAUUUCAAUCUAAUUAAAUCAUUUGUGACAUUCCGAUAAUAUUUUCAGACCAUUCCUCAUUAGCUCUGGCGUGAAACAGCCAAUCCCUUGCUGUUAUUCAACCAUCUUCGAGCUGCGGGUUACUUGGUUGGCAUUUGAUCGUUUUCAUUCGUUACUUUCUACCGAACUUUGACAGCUCUUUUAAUUAAAUAAAUGUGAAAUAAAGUGGACAGUAGAUCACGAAUCAGGGCCAUUUUCGGUCUAAAACGCGUACAAGCCAAGAAAAACCCUGAAAACGACAAUAUCGACUUCUGGCCUUUCCCGAAAGUCUACAAGAAUCGUAAAUAGACUUAGAAAUCCGGUGCCAUUGGAAUUAGAACGCGGCCACCAAUAGUUUUCCAGAAAUUGAGCCAGGAAUAAGGAAAAUGUCCACAUCUGGCCUUUCUAAAGGCUUCUGUGUCAAGCUUACAGAAAAAAUUGGCACCUAUGUGUUAAUAUUUCUCUUCUUCGGUGCAUAUGUUUCCGUCAUUACUACGAAUGACGGGAAGAAUGUGGGUUAUGGCAUCCCGAGGAUCCUCAAAAACAACAAAAAUCUGAUGGGUAGAAUAGAUCACUUCUCGUAAUUUGGCGAGUAAAAUCACGCUUUCCGUGUAAUUAUGACGGAAAUUAUUUUUCGUCUCGUGGCGCCACUUAAUGUCGCUCUCUACGGCUAGUAACACUUACCAGGCCUGGUCAGCGCAUAGGUUAGGUGGGCCUCCUGAGAGAAAACAAGGUGUGUCAUAUGGCCUGAAAAACAUUUUGCUGACAAAUUCAAUCACAAUGUGUAACUUCGACCGAAUGGCUAAUGGCGGCAGACUGGCGCGCGGAGGAUCGUGAGUUUGAUUGCCGCCGGUAGCAUCUUUGGCUUUUUCAAUUUCUCGGUUCACAGUCGAGCAGGAGGCUCGUAUGGAAAAAUAAGAGAUGACUUACUUCCAAACUUUUAAAUCAAACUCUUCGCCUCAGGUGAGAUUUUUCCUUGGUACAUGGCGAAUGUAGUAAGAUAGUGGGGAUGGGGGCUUGGAAUGGGUCACUCGUGAAAGCUCGCCUGCAGCUCGUGCUAUAAACUCCCACGAGCUAAAGAAUACAAUAUUUUAAAGAAAACAAUAUUUUUCAUCACAAUGGGUAGAUUAAGGGAUUUAUAAUCACUUUUAGAGACGCCAAAUGUGCCUAUAAAGUCACUUUGUCCGCAUAGCGUGAUGAAAAUAAUUUUUUAUGGGGAUAAUCGCACCUUAUAGUU